UGCUGUCAUGUAACCUAUUCAAUACCUAGCAAAAUUUAUGAGUUUUUUAUGCAUUACCGAUGUCUAUUUUUAGGUAAAUGUUUAAAGCAAAAUGAAAUUGGCGAGUGUAUCACCCUCGUGGCUGACAAAAUGGAAUAUUUUUAUGGAAUAUGUUUGUUCAAGAGGAUUUGGUACAUAUAUAGAGUUAUCACGAAGAUCGCGACGGUCUUUGAGUAGUGGAGUUUGUUCUCGGAAUGAACAGUGUAUUUUAGAUUCCUGUUGCAUAAAUCCUGCUUGUAAAGAGCCACGUGUCAUCAUUGUUGGGGCGGGAAUGGCUGGUUUGUCUGCAGCUCAUCGUCUCACGCAGUGUGGUGUUCGAAAUUUUGUUGUACUGGAAGCAAAAGAAAGACCUGGUGGUAGAAUUCAUUCCUGUUGGCUGGGCGACGCUGUUAUUGAAAUGGGUGCAGAGUGGAUAUACGGAGCGUGCUUGCCUAAUUCAGUUUACACACUGGCGUCUCAGGACCGGCUAUUACAGACACCCCUUCCUCGAUUGGAUCCAUCAAGAGGGUUAUUUUGCACAAGCGAAGGGCGAGCUGUUGAUUUACCCGUGACCAUAACAGCAUAUCAUACAUUUCGGCAAAUAGAACAGCAAGCUGCAAAUUUGUUCAGAUUGGGCGGUGAAAUGCCACAUGGAAGUUUGCUCAAUUUUCUCGGUUUGCGAAUUCAACAGGAACUGCAUAACUUUCCAGAGGAUCAGAGAUAUGAUGCCGCCCGCGUAAUGUUCGGUCUUUCAAAUAUAUUACGCAACCGUUGUGGCGAUGAUCUUUCUUUGGUGAGCGCAGAUCAAUACGGCAGUUACAUUGAACUACCAGGCGGAAGCGUCAGAGUUCCACUCGGUUACGUCGGAGUGCUGGCACCUUUGCUCCGAGGGUUAACAGACAACUGCAUUCGCUACAACAAGGCAGUAAAUGUGAUAAGAUGGGGCAAAGGACAAGCAGGAGACGGCAGAGUACUAGUUAAAUGCUGUGACGGGGAGGAGCUUACAGCAGACUAUGUUAUUGUGACAUUGUCAUUAGGGUGUUUGAAGUGUCAAGCCGAUAAAUUAUUUGCUCCCCCUCUUUCCACAUGCAAACUUGAUGCCAUUUGUAGCUUAGGCUUUGGUCUGAGUGAUAAAGUUUUCCUAGAGUAUGCUGAACCGUUUUGGGUUUGUCAUGAAGGUAAUCUCAAACUAGCUUGGUCGGCAGAAGAACUGCAGUCGAGGAGCGAUUGGAGUAAAGGAGUGUGCUCUGUGGAUGAAAUGCCAGGCAGUAAGCAUGUUUUGUGUGCAUGGAUUUCCGGCCAAGAGGCGGCGAUGAUGGAAUCGAUGUCUGAUGGCGAUGUGGCUGAAGGUCUCACCCAACUAUUACGCAAGUUUACUGGAAAUCCGUGUCUGCCAUAUCCUCAGAUGAUGUUGAGGUCCCGAUGGGCGUCCGACCCGCACUUCUGCGGCGCCUAUUCAUACAUGGGUUGCUGCUCGACUGUGAGCCACCAGUGUGAACUAGGCACACCCUUGCCUGGUCCUUGUGACGCGGGGGCUCCUAUUCUCUUGUUUGCUGGUGAAGCAACUGUGCCAGGCUACUUCGCCACUGUACACGGUGCGCGUCUCAGUGGUAUUCGCGAAGCAGAACGUAUCGUUUUACUCACUAAAAAGUUCGAUGGUCCUCCACCACCAUAAACUUAUUCAUUACUGUCUAUUGUUUUUUUUUCUGUUGAUAUUUUGUGUUUUUUUUUAAUGUCUUUGAUUAAAUAAAUUUUAAUUCUAAA